CCUCCGUCGAAGUGAGUCAGGGGCGGAGGGAGGUCCGUUCCUUGUUUCCCUCGGUUCCUGGCAGGAGGAGGCUUAAAAUAAGGGUUUAAAACGUUACUACAGUGUGUAAAUAUUACUAGGGUCUUCGUUAUGGACGAAACGGUUGCCGAAUACAUUCGGAGGACGGUGUUGCGGAUCCCGCAUUCGGAAAUGGUAAAAAUGCUGACCGCUUGGAGGUUUCUGUCUGACUUCCAGCUUCAGUCCUUGAACGUUAAUCAGAUCAAGGAAAACAUCUCCCAAGAAGUCGUCCAACUUUGUGAGGAAAACUGCGCGACUAUCAAGCAUGCAGCGGAUCUUGACAUAAUUUACAACUACACCUACAGGGACAAAAAGCUCUGGAUUGUGUACCAGAUGACUAGAGAAGAAGGUGAUGAAAAUUGCUUUUUCGACUUGGCAAACUUCAAAAAGAAAUUUAAAGAAAACCUUCGGUCACCUUUAAAAAAUGUAACUAUCACCUUUAAAGAAUAUGAAGACAAUGCAAUAUGGAUUCGAAUUGCAUGGGGAACACAGUAUACAAAACCAAAUCAGUACAAGCCAACCUAUGUUGUUUACCAGUCCCAGACCCCUUAUGUCUUCAUAUCCAAUUCUAUAUAUAAGAGAUUCAUACCUGUGCUUUGUCAGGCGCUGAUGGUUGCUGCCAGUUACAGUGAUAUCCACGAAAUGGAGCUCCGAAGCCAUUGCUUAGACUCCCUUAAAGAUAUUGUGCUUAAGCGCUGUAGCCAGAGCUUUCAAAUUCAUCACCCGCGACCUCUACAAGAAAAAAACAGUACUCUAGAAAAUGUGGAUCCGAGGAUAAUUCGGGAAGAUAAACAUGAAAAGGAAAGAAUUCAAAGAAUUAAUCGAGAAGCCUUUGGUGAUGGUCCUCAGCCAAAAUUAGAAUAUGCACAAUACAAGCUUGAGACAACAUUCAGAAAUGAACAAGAAAAUUGUUUCUUGAAUAACAAAGAACCAUUUAGAUGUAUGGUCAAGUUUUCCAGUCCUCAUCUUUUAGAAGCACUACAGUCCCUAGCACCUGCUGGGUUGGCAGAUGCUCCACUAUCUCCAUUACUUACCUGCAUUAAACAAAAAGCCAGGAACUAUUUUAAAAUCAGAGAGAGAAAAGGUGCACAUUCAAAUAGCUUUUCUGGUCAGUGACAUUAUAAAAAGUAGUCAAAGGAACAAAUAAACAUAUUAUGGUUGACAUUAGUUGGUCUAUAUGUCCUGCACUGUCUCUAGUGAAAUCUUUCAGCACUUGCUACUUACAUAAUAACAAAAGACAGUCCUCUGUGGCAGGCCAUAUGGUCAAGCUUCCUGAAAUAGAGCAAAUCCCUGAAGUUAGUCAUUGUUGUAUUUACCUUUAGGGUGCUUGCAUGUUUAUGUAAAAGGCAGUCUCAGCUAAUGUAAAUCCUCAUUUUUAAUACAGGAUUGAAACUUUACUAAACACGGCACAAUGUUCAGUUGAUUUUAAACCUUUUAAUGAAUUGCUGUGUAAACCAGUAUUCAAUACAUGUAUGGUAGUACUUAGGCCCACUGAUGAUUAAAUAAAGCUGAUAACUGUUGUGUCCGGGGUUUUUUCAAAUGAUUAAAUAAUAAAGCAAUUACGUUUUAUGGGCACUUUUCACUUAACAAUGCGCUUAUUGGGGUAACGGGUAAACUAUGUCUUGACUGUCCAUAACCAUUGGCUUGUUUAAAGCUUUUAAACCCCAAAGUUAAGUCAACAGUCAUAUAUUUAUCUGAAUCUGAAAAAGCUACUCUUUGAGGACAAAAGUACAUACCCAGCUCUCCAACAUGCUGGACAUGGAGGAAGGAAAGCUCAUUUUUUCAAUUCAGUCCUCCUUUUUAUAGCCAGUUAACCUUUUUAAUUAACAUGGGACUGUUUUAGAUUUUUCUCCUGUUUUUAUAUAUUGUCCUAAACUAAGCUUUAAACUUCAUUAGGCUUUUACUUCAUAUGAAAUUCAAUGGUGUGUCAACUCACACCGAAAGACCAGAAUGCUAAAAACUGGUAAGGUUUUGAACUCUCUGUGUGUGUGUUGCUUAGAUUUUAAUGGAAAAGUGUGCAUUUUAACUAUUGUAUUGUGCGUACUUUGAAACCUGUGGCAGCAAAACACCGUGACCUAGCUGGCCAUUGCAUUGUAUUCAUGACUUCGUUGCUCAGUUUAAUAGUGUAUAUGUUGCAAAAAAAUAGUCUGUUGGUCAACUUCUGUGUAUCUUCUUGUCUGUAAAUAUAAAUAAAAGGGUUUUUAUUGUUUAUAAA